UCUAGUUAUUUGCAUCACCCACAAAAUUCACACAGUUUCUUAAAUUGUUCGUUCCUUAUUUAUCUUGUGAACGUAUCUUGUUGCUGGGAACAUGGUUAAGAAUCCGGAAGUUGAUUUGGGUCUACCCAUGGCUAGUUGGUAUCGGGGUCUGUCGCUCGAUCAGAUGCAAGCAGCUGAUGACCUGGGAAUGGCACUUCAAUUCGAUAUCAGGUCCAUUCGGGAUUGCAUGCUGCGCCUGGGAGUGCGUCCUUUGGUCAGGAACCGUCAACUCGUUAGAAUUGUGCGUUUCAGUCGUGGCCAGAGCCUGGCCUUUCUCUACUUUCUGUUCCAGGAGCACUACGACACUGGCGGUUCUUGCGGAAAGUACACAGUCAAUGGACAACUCUUGCUCUCGGCCAUCGCCUAUCUAGAUUUGCCCGCAACUUUUCGAGCUCUAGACAAAGUUCUACCUCUACAUGGAAAUGCAAUCGGUGAAUCAAAAGUAUCGCUGAACGAUCAACAGGCUAGUAAUUUAAUCAUAUUAAUGAUGUACUAUUAUAAAAAUCUUGUGCUCUUCCAGAAUCGGUCUGCUCGGCCUUCCUUCGCAACUCCGAAUCCUACGCGCAAUUCAAAAAAGAUAGAUGAAGAAAUGCCUAUGGAUCUCCCAGCUACAUUUAGAGCUCUGAGCAGAGUUCUGUCCUCGCAUACAUCUCGAAAGAAAUCAUCGUCUUUGCGUAAAAGGGAACAGAGCUCGAGGCCCUACUUUCAAAAGCUGCCACGUCCCAGAACGGUCCGUCGGUCCAACCAGUUCUUAUCGGACUCCCCGCUGUUAAAGACUCAGAUUCCUAACGAAGUGGGGGAUCCGAAGGAGGAUGAGGACCGAUGGUUCGCCGACUUUCAGUUGCAUCCCAUCCAACGCACUGUUAAGGCAGUUAUCAACUACGAACUGUGCCACAUGUUCGACCACAUAGACGAGAUUGCCACUGAUCCUGCACAGGAAGCGAGGGAUCUGUGCGAGUUCCAUGAGGAAACUAGAUCACAGGAGCGUCAGGCGUUUCUGCAAGCGCAGCGACGACGCUAUUUGGAUAUGAUUGACUUGGAAGGGACUGAAAAGCGACUUACCAGGGAGAGGAUUAUUCAUCACCUCAAUCGCGACGUGGAUGAGUACCUGCUAAAGUUUGGUGACAAGGGCUAUAGUCCUGGUGUGCCUGCUUUCCGGAAAACAGGGUGUGUUGCCUGCAACGAAUUGGUGCACGUGAGCUUGGAGGCUCCGCCCCAGGUGCUUCUUCUCCAAGGUGAAUGGGGACGUCUGUACGACAGGAGUGGUGCGAUGAUGCGACUCUGUGCUGGUGAGGAUGCCAAACAAGAUGCCCUCGCUAAGGAAUCGGUUUCUAAGGUCAAACCUAAAUAUUUUACGGCACCCGGAAACCACAAGACCUUCGCCUUCAACUAUGCACAAAUUUUUAAAAGGGACAGCACGAAAUCUUUGGACACAAAUGAUGUCAUUAAGAAGUCCUUGAUGGAAGCACUUGACGAAAAUCUGGAGCAUCGGCAAGGAAUUGCAUUGGGGACCAUGAGGAGCAGCCACAUCAACGAAGCUGUCUCCCGGUGUGUGAGAAAAAUCUUUGAAAAGAGUUUGCUGGCGGUGCCGACUACGCCGACUCCCAAGGCUUCUACUGAACGCCUCGUCUACGACCGCGAGCGAAUCGAUCCGGAUGACGAAAAGUUUAUGGACCAAAUGCUGAGCGAUGGCUUUGAAGUCCUGCGUCGCGAUCGCAAGCUGGUGCUGGCCAGCCUUCACAAUGGCCACCAAAUUCCGGAGGUACGGGAGUGGGUUUGUAGAAGAUUUGGUAAGCGAUAUGGCCCACAAACCCGGGCGGAAGUGGAAAGCUACAGGCACAAGAUGAGUAAAUUGUCGGAGAUGAAAAAGAAAUUGAUUCCGCUGUUGUCUAAUAUAGAUCCGCUGAUAGUCCAACAAAACCCCAUACCUUAUGCACUUUUCAAGGACAUCAUGGAAAAAUCGAACAAGUUUAAGAAGUCGUUUCGGGAGGAAGUCCUUCAGAUCAUCCUGAAGCAAUCCCGUCUCUGCUGGCAGGCUCAGCACAGCCUGCGCUUUGUCAACAGUUCCCGGAUUCGUCGUACCUUUUUUACAUAUCUGCCAAGUUGUGCCAGGAGUAUAGAUCCCACCUUCAGCCACUACCUAGCACACAGAAAUGGCUAAACAGGCAUUAGAUUCUAAGUUAGUUAGUGUGCACAGAAUGAUAUUUUGUAAGAACCGGAUUUUACAAUUAUCAAUGUGCUCAUAAUGGACAUUCGAUUUUGGGAAUCUCUAGACCAAAUUGCUUUGUUUUUCUACCUCUGAUUAUUUUUACCAUUUGACAUGUAGAGCUUCGGAA